AUGGACCUCUGCAUCACUAUCAAGGGCGUCUCGUUUCUGCUGCAGACAGGACUGGGAAUCCUGGCGAACGCGUCGGUGCUGAUGGCGUACGCCCACAUCGCUGUGGUGGAAGCGCGCCUGCAGCCCGUGGACCGCAUCCUGGCACACAUCGCUUUCGCCAACCUCCUGCUCUUGACACGCGGCAUUCCCCAAACCAUGACGGUCUUCGGCCUGCGCCACCUGCUGGACGAUCCCGGCUGCAAGGUGGUCAUUUACGCCUACCGCAUCGGCCGCGCCCUGUCCGUCUGCCUCACCUGCAUGCUGAGCGUCUUCCAGGCCCUGACCAUCGUGCCCGCCGGCGGGGCGUGCCUGAGCAGGAUAAAAUCGUACCUCCCCAAACUGGUGGUGCCCACCUUCGCCGGACUCUGGAUCCUGAACAUGAUCGUGUGUUUAGCCGCGCCCAUGUUCUCCAUCGCGCCGCGGAACGGCACCGUCCCCCCCUUCACGCUCAACCUGGGGUUCUGCCACGUCGACUUCCGGGACAACCUGUCGUACGUGGUGAACGGCGCCAUCCUGUCGACGCGAGACUUCACUUUCGUCGCCCUCAUGCUGUCGUCCAGCACGUACAUCCUGGUCCUGCUGCACAGACACGCCCGGCAGGUCCGCGCCAUCCGCCGCACCCAGGGAAGCUCCAUGGAGAUGCGCGCGGCGAAGACGGUGGUGAUGCUGGUGCUGCUGUACAGCCUGUUCUUCGGCAUCGAUAACAUCAUCUGGAUCUACAUGCUGACGGUGGCACAGGUUCCCGCCGUGGUGUCCGACAUGAGGGUGUUUUUCUCCUCCUGCUACGCCACCUUCAGCCCUCUGCUGAUGAUCAGCUCCAACAAGAAGAUAAAAGCUAGGAUGGUGUGUGCGGCCGCCGACCGUCCCGCCCCGGACUUGACUGAGAAAUCCAACGCAAAGUGAAAUUGAAUACUGAUAAUGGACGAGAAAUACACAAGCACACUGUUCAAUAUAUUCA